AUGAGACCAUUCUUUUCAUUUGCGCAACCAUAUUCUCUUUCUACAUUUGUAUAUAUAAACACGCAACCCCCUUCAUCAAACAAAAUAUCAACUCAUCUUCUCCAACAAGAAUCAUCAAACACACAAAGAAAAGACAAACACAGAGAAUCAAGAAGAAAAAUGACAAAAGUUCACCCAAAGUUCCCAAACACUUACGAGGAAAGCUUGUGUGAUAGUAAAGCAGCCGUGGUUUUAACAGUGUGGAGGAAGUCUCUUCUCUUCAACUGCGAUGGAUUCACAGUUUACAACUCUAAUGGAAACCUUGUCUUUAGGGUUGACAACUACAUGAACUCUCCUAAAGACAACAUCGUCCUUAUGGACGCUUCCGGCUUACCUCUCCUCUCCAUCCGCCGAAAGAAGUUGAGCAUGGGAGAUUGCUGGGCGGUAUACGAUGGAGAAACACAAAGAGACCCAAUAUUUACAGCAAAGAAAAACGUUAGCAUACUAACAAACAAGAGGAGCUUGGCGUGGGUUAGUGUGAAGAAGACAAUACUAUACGAGGUUGAAGGAUCGUACGGGCAGAGGAGCUGCAAAAUAGUAGACGUGAGGAGGAACAAGAAGAAAACGGCAGAGAUCAAGAGGAAAGAUGCAAUGGUUGGAGGAGGUUCCUUUGGCAAAGAUGUGUUCAAACUUAUAGUUGAACCGGAGAUGGAGCCUCGUGUGGCCAUGGCAUUGACCAUCAUUCUCGACAAGAUGUUUAGAUCUUAUUGAUUUUUUUCCAAGCUUUUAAGUAUAUAGUAGUUCCCUUUUUGUUAUGUAAUUUAUGCAUGUGUGUUCUUAAUGUUACACAUGAACAGAAACAACUUUUGUUUCAGUUUUUGGUUUCGGCCUUAAAUGAAGUCGAACAGUGUAUUUGUAUGGAUGGUUCAACAAAAGGAGGUAGUGGUUGAGACUGAUAA